CAAACAUCCUAAUAAUAACAACAACAAUAAAACAAGGACUUCCUACUAAUAACAAUAAUUACGUUGCCCAUUUCCCCGAUCCACAGAUCUCCCAGGGACCGCGACCUUCACUUCCCCUUCCGGAAUUGACCUAGGUUCGCGCAGCCAUGUUGACCCGGAGGGCAGUCGUCAUCGAGAAGCCCUUCCAAGACCGACGGUAUAAUGACCACAGGCGAAAGGUCCAGAGAGCCCUCCCGCGGAUAGAUGCAGGUCCUCCUCGAGAGUACCCGCACCUGAUCCUCAAGCUGAAGAAGCUCCGACUCGAGAAGGACCGCCAAGGAAAGAUCUGUGAGGACAACAUCAAGCUGGUUCACCGCAUGGCCAUCAUCAUGAGGACCAAAAGGCUCGACAACAUCAACACAGCACCGAGAGGGCCCUUCGAGCCUCGCAGCGCCAGGCCGCGCCGCCCGCCGCCCUCCAGGAGCAGCGACGAGGCCGACGGAGGCUGGAGUCCCGGCAAGUCCUUCCUGGAGCAGGUCACGGCCGAGGUCAACAAGUACUUCAAGCCUCCUCCGCCCGGCGAGGUGGUGCAGCACCGAGCACCUGCCGGGCGCUGCCGCGUGCCCCGCAUCGGGCCUCCGCCUGCGUCGCGGAGCCCCGCCCUCCGACGCAGCCCUCGUGUGCCAAUCAUCAAACUGCCUAUUUCAAGUCCUCGGAACCGUCGAAGUCCAUCCCCCUCGCCGUCCAGCAGGUCGUCGGCCAGCUGUCGCCGCGGCAGGGAGACCACGAGGCUGUCCCCGCUGCCGAGGCUCAGCCGACGCCCCAGCAUCAGUGCCUCGCUCCCCUCUCCCGGCGAGGACUCGAGCUCCGCCGCCGACGAGGACGACCUCGAGGAGGACACGGAGGGAAGCGAAGACAAGGAGAAAUCCGGAGGAGAGAGCGCUGAGGAAGAAACCGAGAGAAGUAGCGACGACGGCCAAGGGAGUAGGAGUCAGUCGGAGUCCGCUGGGGAGUCCGGAGAGGCCGACAGCGACCACCACGUGUCCUCCAUCCUUCUGCAGCAGCACCCGAGUAUCACUAUAGACGAGCCGAGCGACGACGAUUUCUACAACUGAACCUCGAGCUCAAAACAAGCAGACGCAUUUACAUUAUUAUUUUUUCAAACAGGUUUAUAUCAGCAUUUACCUUUGCUUUCAUAAAUGCCUUCUCUUUAGCCGGGUUACGGAUGAAAUUAUCACUAUACUUAUAUGUGGAACUAUUUGAUAACAUGUUUUGGUAGCAUCAGGUGAUAAUUAUUUUCCUUUCUACGAAUUAAUUAGGCCCAUGAGAGGCGAAGGAAAGUUUUUUAUAAAGAUAUAUUACCAAGCUUCAUACUUUUUUUAAAUUAUACUUUGUCAUCAUAACACAAGAUUGUCUCAAUUAUAAGAAAUAUCAACCUAUACACCAUGCUAUUCCCUGACAAAGGUGUUCACACGAAUGGAAAAAACGAUAGCUUCCUAAUAUGUUGCAUAAUAAGUUUCUAUGUAUCAUUUCAGUAUGAAAACUUUGCUGGUUUAGGAAAUGCUCACAGUGGUAAAAAUUAUUGUUUUGCAAUCGAGUAUUGUGGCAUAAUUACUGACGAAAUGUUGAUAAAUAAAAGUGUAAUUAACAGAAGAGAAACAUGGCUAUUUCACUUUGGGUCCAAAAUCGAGUAUAAAUCAUGCUUAUAACUUACCGGCUCAAAUCGCCAUCAGGCAAAAGUUAAGUGGUGAGCAAAUGUACUGUAAAAUCCCUACGAACAAUAUUAUCUGGGAAAAUAUUUUCGUUUACUUUAUAGUCAAAUGUUCUUAGUUAAUUGGAAACAAUGAAAUGCCUCGGAUACAACACAACUUAACAGAAAAUGAAUUAAUGCAAAACUUCACUAGGAUGGAACGAAAAUCCAUACCAUACAGGAAAGUACCUUACAGUUUCGAUUAUUAAUCAACCCACAUCUGUAACCACCAAAUACUUAAAUUGUAGUACAAAUAUCCCUGUCUUGUAAUACCUUUAUAGAAGCAUACACAAGUUCCACAACAA